AUGGUUUAGAGUUAUUAUAUAUUUUUUCUGAUAAAAUUGAUAAAUAAUGUUUCCAAUCGAUCUUGCCAAACUAGCCACCUUAUAGUCUAAGGUACUAAAUACACUCACAUUGCAUAUUUAUCUAUACUUACCUUAUAAAAACACUUAAAUUCCUAAUAAUUAUGUUAGAGAUUAGAAUCAGACUUCAAGGUACUAGGGAGGAUAGGAAAGGGUGGAUUCUCUAAGGUUUAUAAGGUGAACAACUUAUUGGACAAGAAUACCUAUGCUUUGAAAAAAAUUGAACUCAAAGCUAAAGACAUAAAAGAUAGCCUUGAGAAAAAUAUUGAAAGAGCAUAGAGAGAAGCCAAAUACUUAGCCCGUCUAUCACAUCCCAAAAUUAUUAGAUAUUUCAAUUCUUGGGUUGAAGUAAUGUAGAACAAAUUGGAUUCAAAAAUGAUGAGAAAGUAAGAGUAAGAUCAAAAUGACUUUGUUAUUGAACGAAAUAACAUUAGUUUUUGUGAUUCUUAAUCAAAUUCAAGAAAUGACCUUGAAAAUUUGAUAAUGUUUAAAGACACUCAGAACGAGUAGAUAAGUUAUUCAGAAUAAGAAAAUGACAUCUAACCAAAAUCGAGGGUGAGUAGAAAGAAAAAAAAUCACAACACUCCAAAUAAGAAAUCAACUAGUCAAGAUGAGAAGAAAUUGGAGUUCGAUAAAAUCAUAUUCUAUAUUUAAACUGAGUUUUGCUAAGAAACACUUGAAAAUUAUUUGCAACAGAGAAAUAAUGAAUUACUGAAACUCAAGAAAAAGAAUAUUGAAAAAUAUCAACUCAAACUUUAAAAAUAUGAAAAAGAGGCUAAACUAAUAUUGGAUUAAAUUAUUAAAGGAUUGGACUAUUUACACAAUGAAUGCAAACUAGUUCAUCGAGAUUUGAAACCAGGAAACAUCUUUAUGAAUAGUCCAGAAGAUGUAAAAAUAGGUGAUUUCGGUUUGGUGACCAAAUUAAAAUAAUUCUAUGAUUUUGAUGAUUAAGAUAAUGAUGAUGACAUUUGCACCAAAAUGUAUGCUGCUCCAGAACAAAUCAUUUAAAAUAUCAAUAAGGCUUUUUAUGAUCAAAAAAGUGAUAUUUAUGCUUUAGGACUCAUCAUUUUGUUGUUGUUUCAUCCAAUCUCUACUUCAAUGGAAAUGAUUAAAGUAAUUAAUGAAGCCAGAAAAGGAGUGCUACCAUCAAACCUCAGGGAUAGACACAAUAAAAUAGCUGAAAUAAUACUGGAGUGUUUAAACAACGAUCCUAAGCAAAGACCAAAUAUUAAUGAGAUAUCAUUUUAAGACUCAUCAAAUUCAUUGUCUUCAUCAAAGAAAAGCAGCAAUGAAUUUAGUAGUGACACAACUGAUUAUUUUAUUAAAAAUAUAGGUGUUUGCUAAGUCAAAUUUGAAGACGAGGAUGUUUAAGAGAAAUAUUUGAUUUUUAAUAACAGAUAAAUUUAGAUUUUUAAAAACUAGAAAAGUUAAAAAGCCUAAAUGAUCUACAAUCUUAAUGAAUGCAAUAUAUCUUAUAUUGAUGAUAAGAUUGUCAUCCAACACAGUUAAUUAGAAAACUUUUCAUUCACAACUACACAUAAUUACUUAUAAGAUAUUUAUGAUCAAUUAUGUGAACUCACUUAAUCAUUCAAUUGA